UUCUCUUACAGCGAUUUAUCGAUCACUUCCUUGGGGGAGAAGAAAAGCAAGAGGACGAAAACCAAAGCCGUCGGCGGACGAAUCCGUUUCCUUUCUUCAACGUAGUCUUUCAGGAUGGGUCGUGUGAUUCGCGCCCAGCGUAAGGGUCAUGGGUCGGUGUUCACCGCCCAUACCAAGCACCGCAAGGGAGCCCCCAAACUGCGUUCCCUCGACUACGCUGAGCGACAUGGGUACAUCAAGGGUGUCGUGAAGGAUAUCAUCCACGAUCCCGGUAGAGGUGCUCCCCUCGCUGUCAUCCACUUCAGGGAUGCCUACAAAUACAAGACCCGCAAGGAGCUUUUCAUUGCCCCUGAGGGCAUGUACACUGGCCAGUUCUUGUACUGCGGCAAGAAGUCUACCCUCCAGAUCGGUAACGUCAUGCCGGUUGGUGGUAUGCCUGAAGGUACCAUUGUCUGCAACUUGGAAGAGAAGACUGGUGACAGGGGUCGGCUUGCCCGUGCUUCUGGCAACUACGCCACCAUUGUUGCCCACAACCCGGAUGCCAAGAAGACUCGUGUGAAGCUUCCCUCUGGUGCCAAGAAAGUUAUCCCCUCUGCCAACAGAGCCAUGGUUGGUAUUGUUGCUGGUGGUGGACGUAUUGACAAGCCCAUUCUUAAGGCUGGUCGCGCCUACCAUAAGUACAAGGCUAAGCGUAACUGCUGGCCUAAGGUUCGUGGUGUGGCUAUGAACCCUGUUGAACAUCCCCACGGUGGUGGUAACCAUCAACACAUCGGUAAGGCAUCCACAGUCAAGCGAGGAACCAGUGCUGGUCGCAAGGUUGGUCUCAUUGCUGCCAGGAGAACCGGUCGUAUUCGUGGUGGCAAGAAGGACAAGAACGACGAAUAGACUUGACACCCUUGUUAUAUAUAAUAAAUACCAAAACCCAAA